AGUGGUAUGGCUUUGACGUAUGACCCCACAGCGAUGCAGAAUGGGUUCUACUCUUCUCCAUACAGCAUCUCCACGAAUCGGAUGAUUGCUCAGACAUCGAUCACACCCUUCAUUGCUGCCUCUCCUGUCCCCACAUAUCAGGUUCAGAGUACAUCUUGGAUGCCACAUCAACAAUAUGUUAUGCAACCUACAGGUGCUGUGAUCACUCCAGCUGCUGCCAUUGAGCCCAGUUUGUCUAUUCACCCCUCCAGUGUAAUGGCUCCUCUAACCCAGCAGAUGAACCACCUGUCUCUGGGCCCAACAGGCACUUACAUGCCUGCUGCAGCGGCUGCUCCUAUGCAAGGAACCUACAUUCCCCAGUACACUGCAGUGCCUGCCUCGGCCAUCACAGUGGACGGUGUGGUGACAGACCCCUCUCCACAGACAGCUGCCCCCUCCUCACAGGACGCCAGUGGGCAGCAGCCUUUACCUGUGGAGAACACAGGAGAUCACGCCACAGCCUACUCUUACCAGCAGACUAAAUAACAGGAUUGGUAGGAAUCAUUGCUGCGUUGCCUUUAGGAGGACUGCACGAAGGCGCUGGAGACGCAGAGUAUCAAAAGGAAACGGGACAAAACAAAAAACAAAAACAGAGGUGACAUGGACAUCACUGACGGGAGAAUGCUUCCACUGUGCACGGGCACCAAAUAAAAGACAAAACGAAGAAAAAAAAUAUCUUUCUUACCUGGUUGAACUAAGAAAAAGACAGAAGAAAAAGCAAAUGAUGGUUUGCUAAACUCAAAGACAAUGAAAUCAAUGGCAGUCUCCAACUUUGAGUUUUCAUUUUUCACCAUGAGACUGGACUUUGCCUCCAAAGGAAAAAAAAACAGAUAAGGGGACAUAAAGAGAAAUCUAAAGUCAACCAACUGUACAGAAAAAAAUGAACAUUUGAAUGUGCAGGUAGAUUUUCAGACUUUUUUAUUGAAAAUAGAAGGAAGCCAAGUCUUGAACAAAAACGGGCUGUCUUCCUUUGAUAUUAAGCUACAUUAUUUUCAUUCUUUUUAUUAUUUGAGUAGUUUUCUAGAAUAUUAGUGUUUUCGUAAAUCUUUAUUGCCUUAAUUUUCUCAAACUUUGGGGAAAAAAAGUUUCCAAGUGUUGAAUUAUUUAAAAAAAGGACUGAGUUGUUGAAUGAUUUUUUUAAAGGGUUCUUUGUGUUUGAGAGCCUCAGAAAUGAAAUCUACAAAGCUAUCUGUAUAAGA